AUGGCCGACACACCAGAACAGAAGAGCGAAAAGAUAACGCCUGAUAAGGCCCUUUCUGUAGACCCUGAUUGCGCAUAUUUCAAUGUGACCGGCGGAAAGUCCGACCAUAUGCUUGUAAAUCUUGGAGAAAGUCGUCUGGCAGUGAAGAUUCGCUGCAGCAAUAAUGCGCUAUAUCGCGUCUCGCCGAGUGCCAUGUUCAUCGAAGCGGGCCAAUGCCAAAAUCUAGUGGUUAUAAGACAAGCCGGCCCAGCCCGUUCUGACAAAUUGAUUUUACAAUUCCUGCCAUGUGAAAAGGAUGUCGAAGACUGCAAAGAGUUCUUCAAGCAAGCUGACAAAAACGGCGCCAAACCCGAAACCCUUCGCAUCACACUAAAGAUGGUUGGUGAUCAAGGCUAUCGUGUGAUUCCUUCACGUGAAGUGACCGAUGAUGCGAUUUCUUAA